AUGGGUGAUCCAGUGGAAGCCGAAGGGAUUGGUACGGUGAAGCUCACGCUCCGGGGGAAGUUCAACCAACCCCUGGUGUUAAAGAAUGUAUACUUUGCGCCACGCGUCGGGAUGAACCUGAUCAGCGUGCCGAAGUUAUUGCGAGACCGCUACUCGGUGGUGGCGCACCCGCAGAACGUCUUUGUGCAACGCCGAGGACGGACCGUGGGGACUGCCUACCAUGCGGAGGAGGAUCUGUUGAUCCUGCGGUGCCAUGUGAGCAAAAGAUCCCGAGAGCGAGUCCAACUGGCGAGGGCGCCGACGACCUAUGGCCAUGCAGAUUCCCUGGAACCACAGGCGGUGGCCAUGGAAGUCGACGACCCUCAGGAGUCAAGUGACGCAGAAUGCGCAGCGUCAACCUCUGAACUCGGUGGUGAAGCUGUGAUACUCGAAGAAGAUGCGUGCAAAGGAGUGGACCAGGCCUCCGAAGCGAUGUGGCACGCUCGGAUGGGACAUCUGAACCGGGGAGACUUAAGGGUGGUCCUCCGGCAGACCGGCACUCCGUACCGACCGCUGACGCAAGCGCAGCUGCUGGCAACGCCGCAGUGCCCAGCGUGUAUGUCGGGUAAGCAGUAUCAGAAGAGGAACUCCCGUGCAAGACGGCCACGUCUGCAUUCAACGAGAAUCUUUGAAAUGAUCCAUUCGGACAUCAUGGAGAUGCCGAUCGCCAAAGAUGGCUCCAGGUACGUGAUCACCUUUACUGACGAUUAUUCUCGUGGCUCGUGGGCAUAUGCCAUGAGAUGGAAGCAUGAAGCGCUCCAGAAGUUCCGGCUAUUUGCGGCCUGGGUGCACCGACAGUUCGGCGCCCAGAUCAAGAGGUUCCUCACCGACAAUGGGAGAGAAUACCUGCCGAUCGGAACACACCUCGAGCCCCAGGGAGUUGAGUUUGACACCUCGCCGCCAUACUGCAAAGGGCAGAAUGGUUUGGCCGAACGCACGAAUCGCACUAUCCGGGAGCGGAUCAACACGCUCCUGUCCGAUGCGAAACUUUCUCCUUCCUGGUGGACCGAGCUUGUGGACACGGUGGUCUACCUGAAGCUGCGCGCACCAGCAUCGAUUUUACAGAAGAAGACGCCGUUCGAAAUAUUGUACGGGAAGCCGCCCUCAUUGUUGCAUCUGCGACGGAUCGGCUCCCGCGCAUGGGUGUUGAUUCCCAAAGAGCAUCGAGCAAAGCUCGGACCCAGGUCGUCCGAGUGCCGAUUGCUAGGUUACUGUGAGCCGAACCAGUACAAACUGUAUGAGAUCCAUUCCGGAAAGACCGUCUUUUCCCGUGAUGUCGAGUUCGAUGAGAGGACCCCUGUGGCGCCACUCAUCGAGGGGGAAAGAGGUAACGACCUCCCGGACAAUGCUCCUCUAUCACCUGUCUUUUUACCAGUGGUGCCACCUCCAUCUAGCGCACUGCCUACGCCACCAGCAUCGCCUCCAGACUUGGCUGAACGACUGAAAACGCCAUCUCAGCAUGUGGAAACACUUCCACCGGUCAAUCCAAUCGAACAGGAAGCAGAGUCCACACAGGACCUCGGCUAUUCCAUCUAUGGCCGCAGAAGAAGACCCUCACGGCGCUUACUGGAAUCACUUGGCAAGGUGUACACCGCAGGCGCACUGAAUACCGCGUCUGCGCGCACAGUCGAUCCAUCGACUUUCCACGAGGCCGUGUCGUGCCCGAAUCAACUGGAAUGGUGGGCAGCCAUCCAGAAAGAAUAUGCGUCUCUUCUCGAACACGGAACAUGGGAAAAGGUUCUGCGAACAGACGUACCCGCCGGAGAUCAUGUGAUUGGCUGCAAAUGGGUCUUUAAGACCAAAGCCAACGGAACGCGCAAAGCGCGACUGGUCAUCAAAGGCUACCGGCAGAAGCACGGCAUCGACUACCAUGAAACAUUUGCUGCGGUGUCACGGAUGGACUCGGUCCGCUGCAUCAUCGCCAGCGCGGUGUUACGAGGAUGGAAGCUUCACCAAUUUGAUGCUGUCACUGCAUUCUUACAUGGGGACGUAGACUCUUCCAUCUACAUGGAGUUGCCCGAAGGAUUCGAAGAACCGGGAUAUGUUUGCCGGCUUCGUCGUUCCUUGUAUGGACUCAAGCAGGCCCCGCGGAUUUGGUACCAAUGCGUCCACCGCGUCCUGGCCGCUCAUGGCUUCACCAUGGCACAAUCGGACAACUGCGUGUUCUAUAAAUCCAAUUGCGUGAUCUGCGUCUACGUCGAUGACUUUCUCGUUGCUGCAGCAACCUCGCACGAGAUAGACCAAGUGCAACGAGCACUGAAAAAAGAGUUCCGAUUGAACGACCUUGGAACUCCACGUUCGUUCCUCGGGAUCCAAUUAGACUACCAUGCCGACGGAGCCGUUUCCAUUCACCAACACCAGUAUAUCCAAAAGGUUCUCUCCGACUUUGGCAUGGAAACCUGUCAGACGAAAUCUACCCCUAUGAAUCCCAAGCAAGUCUUGAAUCGCCGUCCAGACGAAGAACCUCCGGACGAGGAAACAAAAGCACGAUUCGCAACCGCCAUCGGUUCACUGAUGUAUCUGAUGGUCGGAACGCGGCCGGAUAUUGCGUUUGCGCUGGGCACGUUGAGUCGCUUCACGUCUCAGCCACAAUCGCACCACCAGGUCGCCCUACAGCGAUUGCUUCGCUAUGUCAAAGCCACGCAAUGCCAUCGCAUUACAUACCGCAGUGGUCAGUUGAUCGGAUACACAGAUGCCGACUUCGGUGGCUCCGUCGUCACUGAUGGGGCAUACUCCACGUCUGGCUAUGUGUUCCAACUUGCAGGCGCACCAGUCUCCUGGUCGUCCAAGAGACAGGGGGAAGUGGCCACGUCUACGACUCAUGCCGAGUAUAUUGGGCAAUACAAUGCCCUUCUACAUCUGCAGUGGCUCCGCACCUUCCUAGCAGAAACGCAAAUGUAUCGGUCCCCGGUCACCAACAUCAUGGCUGACAACCAGUCCGCUAUUGCCCUCUCGCGCAAUCCCGAGUUCCACAAACGGACCAAACAUUUCAACGUGAAAUUCCAUUAUCAGCGAGCAGUGCUGAAUGCUGGCGAGAUUGGUCUUCAAUAUGUUCCUACUGAGGAACAGGCCGCUGACGGUCUCACCAAGCCGUUGGGACCUACGGCUUUUGCCAAGCUCUGUAGUCUUCUAGGAAUCGAAGCCUUGGAGACUCGGAGGCAGCAAACGUGA